AAGAGCUAACAGAGAGGAAGGAAGCUGGGAUAACGUCACGAUAAGGAGAAUCUAAGUGAAACGGACCGAAUCGUAUUUAACCAUCGCAGGAUCUCGCGCCUGUCAUUUGACGUGCGCUCGAAGUGAAGGAUCGUUUCCAGAUCAGACAGAUGAAGAUGUUUUCGCCAAGUUCUCUGGCGUGAAAAAACAAAACCAAAAAAAAAAAAACCCCACCGUCGGUCGGAAGAGGAAACGGCAGCACGACGAGCAACGUUUCCCCGGGUCCAGGAGGCGCAGAGGAGCGGGGAGAUGGGCUACUGGUAGUCUCGCUCUGCCUACGGUGAUCGUUAAUAACGGGCUUGGACCGUUUACCGGAACAGCGGCGUGUUCGUGACACACGGACCGAAGUGGAUCGCCGGAAUAUCUCCUCCGCAUUUCCUCCUAAUGAAUUGAAAGGGCGUGGAAGGACGCGUUCUGACAUCUUGUUUCCCGUUUUAACGCCAGAGAGACAAUAAGCCAGCGAACCGUCGGAAGCAUUAACAGGCCCGGGACAACUCCAAAAUGAGCGAGUUGGAGCAGCUUCGUCAAGAGGCCGAACAACUUAGGAACCAGAUAAGAGAUGCCAGGAAGGCAUGUGGGGAUUCUACUCUGACCCAGAUAACUGCAGGUCUGGAUCCCGUAGGGCGGAUUCAGAUGCGUACCAGACGCACCCUCCGUGGCCACCUUGCUAAGAUUUAUGCCAUGCACUGGGGAUCAGACUCAAGACUUCUAGUCAGCGCCUCUCAAGAUGGGAAGCUGAUCAUCUGGGACAGUUACACCACUAACAAGAUGCACGCCAUCCCCCUGCGUUCCUCCUGGGUGAUGACCUGUGCAUACGCCCCCUCUGGAAACUAUGUGGCCUGCGGAGGUCUCGACAACAUCUGCUCUAUCUACUGUCUGAAGACCCGCGAGGGUAACGUCAGGGUCAGCAGAGAACUACCUGGCCACACAGGUUACCUGUCCUGUUGCCGUUUCAUCGAUGACAAUCAAAUCAUCACCAGUUCAGGAGACACGACGUGUGCAUUAUGGGACAUCGAGACGAGUCAGCAGACCACGGUGUUCUCGGGCCACAGUGGCGAUGUCAUGAGCCUGUCGCUGUCCCCUGACUCCCGCACCUUUGUGUCGGGAGCCUGUGACGCCUCGGUCAAGCUGUGGGACAUCAGGGACAGCAUGUGCCGGCAGACCUUCACAGGCCACGAGUCCGACAUCAACGCCGUGUGUUUCUUUCCGAAUGGCAGCGCCUUCGCCACAGGCUCUGAUGACGCCACCUGCAGGCUGUUUGAUCUGCGUGCUGACCAGGAGCUCAGCAACUACUCCCAUGACAACAUCAUCUGUGGCAUCACGUCUGUGGCUUUCUCCCGCUCUGGACGCCUGUUACUGGCCGGCUAUGACGACUUCAACUGCAACAUCUGGGACGCCAUGAAAGGAGAUCGGCCAGGAGUUCUCGCUGGCCAUGACAAUCGCGUGAGCUGUUUAGGUGUGACAGACGAUGGUAUGGCAGUGUCCACUGGGUCCUGGGAUAGCUUCCUUAAGAUUUGGAACUGACGAGUUUUGUGAGCCACUGGCAAAAACAAGACACAUCACGGACAGACUCACAACCACACCCGCUAUUUAUACUUUGGGACACCUAGUUUGCACACUGUAUUCACACUGUACAUAAGAUAUACACAUAUGAACUAAAGUAUUGUAUUGUACAUAACAUACGAGACGAGAAGUAGGUGAGUUGGUCAUGCUUCACAUUAAGUGCAUGUAAUAAGUGUCAGUUAAUAAGUAAUAAAGCCCUUAUAAGUCCUAAGACAAUGUUGUUAACAUUAUGUGUUGACUGCUGGGAUAGGCUCCAGCAUCCCCACGACCUUGAGCAGGAUAAGUGGUUUGGAUAAUGGAUGGAUGGAUGAUGUGUUAAUAAGACUAUAAUAAGCAUUAGUCAGAAGGUAAUAAGGCCCUUAUAAAUCCUAACUUUUACAUGUUGUGGAUCCUCAAAAUUCUUUUAAUCAUGAGGGUCCUGACAUGCUACCUGCAAAGCUUUAUGCAGAUUGGAUUUACAACCUAAGAUGAGUCUGAAAAGCAACUUUUGCAUAUUUUGCAGGCGCUACCUAGUGGCCAAAACGUGUUUAUGAUGCCGUUAUUAACACUUACAUUGUCUUAACGCAUAAUAACGUUCAUAAACAUUGUAUAAGGACUUAUGGGCCUUGUUACCUACUACCUGACACUUAUGACACGCACCUAAUGUAAAGCGUUACCGGUGAGUUUACACAAAGAAAAAACAGUGUACCUGGGAAACACAUCCACGCCCUCCCGACCCACAGCUGAUGUACAUGCACCACGAGCAGGCUGCCGUCCCCUGCACAGCCAUCCGUUCCAUUCAAAUCGUGACCCAACAGAGUAGGAUCUAGAGCUGUUCAGACGAAAAACACGACGACGCCAGCCGACACACAACCCGGACACACUUUAACACCAGUACACUCUUAUUCUCACACACGCUACACGCCUUUCUGAAAGACGCCUCUCCAUAUAGUCACACAUGUAGUCACACAUGUCACACAUGUAGUCACACACAUAGUCACACAUGUAGUCACACACGUAUCCACAGGGGAAAAACACUUUUGGACAACUUUGUCUUUGUCCAUGGUAAAUCCCAGAAUGCAUUUCAGACUAACUGUAUGUGUUAGACUUGAAUCUCAGUGUCAGAGGAACGGAGUGAGCGAGGCAGAGGGAGGAUGAGGGAGGGGGAGAGGGAACACGCUGACGUUGAAAGAUGACUGCAGGAUGGACUGAUAAUGAUCGUCUGAGGAAAACAUCGCUGUUUUCUACAGGGCGAAAAAAAAAAAACCUUCACAAGGACUUAUUGUUUUUAUAAAUGUGUACACCCACAUAUAGGUUUUGAUUUUAAAGUAUUUGUUCUGUUGAUUUUUUUAUGCUAAAUUUGUUCAUGUUUUUUCCUGUGUGCCUCAGAUACACUUUAAAGAUGAUUAAUGAAGAAUAACGAUGACGUUAAAUUAAUGGACUUAAUGAGAUGCGUGACAAAACAGUACAUGAAGACACGUCUUAAACAAGCCGGGGCCAAUAUUCAUACUUUGACUUUGUCAAUAUAUCAACUCUGAUGGUAUAGUUACUGUACAUAUAUUAAUAAAUAUACAAUGCCUCUCGUGCCAAUUUUUGUUUUAUUUUUCUUUAAGUAUUUGUUUUUACAAGACAACAUUUUGUGACUGUGAAACGCUGACUUUCCACACACUGACACGAGCUUCACGAGUCCAUUUUAACACACUAUGACUGGUUUGUGGCGGCACGGUGGUGCAGUGGUUAGCACCGUUGCCUCACAGCAAGAAGGUCCUGGGUUCAAGCCCCGGGGUAGUCCAACCUUGGGGGGGUCGUCCGGGUUGUCCUGUGUGUGGAGUUUGCAUGUU